AUGCAGCUGGAACUGGAAAAUAAUAGGGAGAAAUGUAAAGCUCUGGUUCGAGCAGCCCGAGCUGCUGACAACAACAUUACAAUUGCCAAUUCUUCUGUGACCCGUGAUACAACCUGGAAGCCAGAGAUUGUCAGCAAACUCCAGUAUAAUCUUUACGACCCUGAUAGCCGUGUUGGCAAGGCAAUUAGUCAGUUCAAAGGAGAUGUCAAGUACAUUGGCAAGCCAAGUGCCUUACCUGACACUCAACUAUGUGACUUGGAGAUCUUCGACGAAAUCGAGGCUAGUAGAUGUCCAAUACUGGAUUAA